AUGAAUACUCAAGGCGACGCAGUAAUGGAGGUGGACCAGCCAGAGGCUGCCAUCGAGCAACUAAAGAAUGGCGAGAUAGAUGAGUCGCUGUACAGCAGACAGCUGUACGUGCUUGGUCAUGAGGCCAUGAAGCGCAUGGGUUCAUCAAACAUCCUCAUAAGCGGACUGAAAGGUUUGGGCGUAGAGAUCGCAAAGAACAUUGCUCUCGCUGGUGUCAAGUCUCUGACCCUACACGAUCCACAUCCUGCUGCCAUUGCUGAUCUUUCCUCCCAAUUCUUCUUGCAUCCUGAGGAUGUUGGUAAAUCGAGAGCCCAGGUCACUGCUCCCAGAGUCGCCGAAUUGAACUCCUACACUCCAGUGUCUGUCCACGAAUCGCAGUCCCUCACAGACGAUCUAUCACAAUUGAAGAACUAUCAGGUCGUCGUCCUAACGAACACCCCCCUAAAAGAGCAAUUGAAAAUCGCAGACUUCUGUCACCAGAAUGGAAUCUACCUUACCGUCGCAGAUACCUUCGGUCUGUUCGGUUACAUCUUCAACGAUUUCGGCAAGAAUUUUACAAUUGGUGACGCCACCGGUGAGAACCCAAUAAGUGGCAUAAUCGCAGACAUAGACGAUUCUGGUCUGGUGUCGGCUUUAGACGAGACCAGACACGGCCUCGAAGACGGCGACUUUAUCGAAUUUGCUGAGAUCAAGGGUAUGGAUGGGUUGAAUGCUGCUCCCCCUCGAAAGAUUACCGUCAAGGGCCCCUACAGUUUCUCCAUCGGUGACGUAUCCGGACUGGGCAAAUAUCAGGGAGGUGGCCUUUUCUCUCAAGUCAAGAUGCCCAAGAUCCUGGACUUCCAACCACUAUCGGAACAGCUGAAGAGCCCUGAACUUAUGAUCUCAGACUUUGCGAAGUUUGACCGACCACAACAGCUGCAUGUCGGUAUCCAAGCACUGCACGCCUUUGCUGAGCAGAAUGGAGGACAAAUGCCUAGACCGCACAACGACGCCGAUGCGAAAACUGUUCUCGACCUUGCCAAUAAGGUUGCCAAAGAAGCAGGCAUCGAAGUCGAAUUCGAUAGCAAAGUCAUCACCGAGCUCAGCUACCAGGCGCGAGGUGAUCUCAGUCCAAUGGCUGCCUUUUUUGGUGGCUUAACAGCUCAAGAGGUCCUAAAGGCAGUGUCAGGAAAAUUUACUCCCGUCAGACAAUGGAUGUAUUUCGAUUCGCUCGAGUCAAUUCCCUCAUCGGUCGCGCGUUCAGAAGAACUUUGCCAGCCUCAGAACUCCCGUUACGAUGGUCAGAUUGCCGUUUUUGGACGCGAAUUCCAAGACAAGAUCUCUAAUGUCCGCAACUUCUUGGUCGGCUGUGGAGCCAUUGGCUGUGAAAUGCUCAAGAACUAUGCUAUGAUUGGUCUUGGUUCUGGUCCGAACGGUCACAUCACUGCCACUGACAACGAUUCUAUCGAAAAGAGCAAUCUCAAUCGACAGUUCCUUUUCCGACCAAAAGACGUGGGCAAGCAGAAGAGCGAUUGUGCUGCUGCAGCAGUACAAGCUAUGAACCCCGAUCUCAAGGGUAAGAUCACGACCAUGACAGAUCGUAUAGGCCCGGACUCUGAAGAUGUCUUCGACGAAAAUUUCUGGGCCGAGUUGGACUUCGUGACAAAUGCUUUGGACAACGUCGAGGCCAGAACAUACGUUGAUCGUCGUUGUGUCUUCUUCAUGAAGCCAUUGCUAGAAAGUGGCACCCUUGGCACCAAGGGCAAUACACAAGUCGUUCUGCCUCGCCUCACAGAAUCCUAUUCUAGCUCACAGGACCCACCAGAGCAGUCAUUCCCCAUGUGCACUUUACGCAGCUUCCCCAACAAGAUCGAACACACCAUCGCCUGGGCAAGGGACUUGUUCCAGUCGUACUUUGUUGGGCCACCUGAGGUCGUUAAUCUCUACCUGACACAACCUGACUACAUCAACACCACACUCAAGCAGCAGGGCAAUGAGAAGCAGAUACUCGACAGUCUAAAGGACUUCUUGGUCUCGGAUAAACCAUCGGACUAUAAUGAUUGUAUCGCCUGGGCGCGCAUGCAAUUCGAAAAACAAUACAACAACGCUAUCCAGCAAUUGCUCUACAACUUCCCCAACGACGCAAAGACGUCGUCGGGAGCCGAUUUUUGGUCAGGUCCGAAACGAUGCCCAACGCCACUUAAAUUCAGCACUUCUGAUGAGACACAUAUGGGCUUUGUCAUUCAUGCCGCGGCUCUGCACGCCUAUAAUUUCAACAUCAAGGUGCCACAGCUGUCUCCCAAGGACUAUGCAAAGGUCAUGGACAGCAUGAUGAUCCCCGAAUUUAGGCCUGAUGCCAACGUGAAGAUUCAGGCUGACGAAAAGGAGCCCGAUCCUAAUGCCAACCAACCCGCUUUUGACGACCAAGACGAGUUGAACAAGAUCAUUACUUCUCUACCAAAUCCGAAAUCAAUGCCAGGGUUUCGACUAAAUGUAGUUGAAUUCGAGAAGGACGACGACUCGAACCACCACAUCGAUUUUAUCACUGCGGCAAGUAAUUUGAGAGCCAUGAACUACGGCAUCACACUCGCAGACCGACACAAGACCAAAUUUAUUGCAGGAAAAAUCAUUCCGGCAAUUGCCACCACGACAGCGUUGGUUACAGGUCUUGUAAUCUUGGAGCUCUACAAGAUUGUCGAUGGCAAGGACGACAUCGAACAGUACAAGAACGGUUUCAUCAAUCUAGCUUUGCCCUUCUUUGGGUUCAGCGAACCUAUCGCAAGUCCCAAGGGCACAUACAAAGGCAAGAAUGGAGAUGUCACAGUUGACAAGCUUUGGGACAGAUUCGAGGUCGACGACAUCACGCUCACGGAGUUCCUCAAACACUUUGAAGAACUUGGUUUGUCGAUCACCAUGGUCAGCUCCGGUGUCAGUCUACUAUAUGCAAGCUUCUACCCACCAAGCAAGACGAAGGAUAGGAUGCCAUUGAAGAUGAGCAAGCUGGUCGAGACAAUAAGUAAAAAGCCUAUCCCAGAACAUCAAAAGAACGUUAUUUUCGAGAUCACAGCUGAGGAUGCCACGGAAGAAGACGUUGAAGUACCCUAUGUUAUGGUCAAAUACAGAAAGUAG